AAAUCAUAUUUGGCAAAGAACAGUCAGUUCUACUGCAAACUUCAGACGAAAGAAUCAAAGCACAAAGAGAUUUGUACCAGGAGCAAAGAAUAACAGCAAAGAAGAUAUUCCGCAGAGUUGCACGGGAAACCGUACGGGAUUUGAUUAUUCUUGCGACCAGACAGGCUAUCUCAAGCCAAGAAAAAGGACAGUCAGCUAUUCCCCCGUACAGAUUUACAAAUUACAACACACAGAAAUUGAAAAUACAAAAGAAGGUCAAGGUCAUCAUUGGCUCUGAGAUUGUUCAUUAUUCCCUCACCCUUUCGACCAGACCUGCAAAAUGUGCUGAAGUAGCGUGCAUGGGGAUGCAGGGCUCUUGA